AUGAUCAAGAGCUGCAUGAUCAAGAGCUGCAUGAUCAAGAGCUGCAUGAUCAAGAGCUGCAUGAUCAAGAGCUGCAUGAUCAAGAGCUGCAUGAUCAAGAGCUGCAUGAUCAAGAGCUGCAUGAUCAAGAGCUGCAUGAUCAAGAGCUGCAUGAUCAAGAGCUGCAUGAUCAAGAGCUGCAUGAUCAAGAGCUGCAUGAUCAAGAGCUGCAUGAUCAAGAGCUGCAUGAUCAAGAGCUGCAUGAUCAAGAGCUGCAUGAUCAAGAGCUGCAUGAUCAAGAGCUGCAUGAUCAAGAGCUGCAUGAUCAAGAGCUGCAUGAUCAAGAGCUGCAUGAUCAAGAGCUGCAUGAUCAAGAGCUGCAUGAUCAAGAGCUGCAUGAUCAAGAGCUGCAUGAUCAAGAGCUGCAUGAUCAAGAGCUGCAUGAUCAAGAGCUGCAUGAUCAAGAGCUGCAUGAUCAAGAGCUGCAUGAUCAAGAGCUGCAUGAUCAAGAGCUGCAUGAUCAAGAGCUGCAUGAUCAAGAGCUGCAUGAUCAAGAGCUGCAUGAUCAAGAGCUGCAUGAUCAAGAGCUGCAUGAUCAAGAGCUGCAUCUUCCUGAGUGGGAAGAGCACUGAUCAGAACAUUGCGCCGUUUUAA